UUUCUUAAUUAAUUUCACUCAAGUCCAUGACAGGAGAGGUCGAUCAGGACAGAAAAGAUGGCAAAGGGUGGAGAAGUCUGGACACCUGCAUGGCCGCACCUGCCCGAUGUCACCUGAGGAACUGGAAGGUGAUGCUGCUUGUGUUUGUAUGUCUUCUGGGUCUCGUUGAUGGACAUUUCCUUCAGGAGGAGAAAGAAGAACUCCGUCCUAGCAAGCUGAGAGCCUCUUCAACCUCUGCAGAACAUCCAGGACCGCAGAAAGAUCUAGAUGAGUGGCAGAGCAGAGCACCAUGGGCACGACUGCAUGAUUCGUCCCUGGCCGAGGAAGGCGAGGGUCAUCGGAUCCGGUGGCAGCGUUCCUCUACAAAUAGCUCCAGUUCACAGAAAUCUCCGAGGAACCGUAAGGAACGGCGCAACCGCAAGCGAGGCCGGAGCAGCCAGGACUGCCGUUUGGAGAGAAAAGAGAUGAGGGUGCGUGAUCUGGGCCUCGGCUACGACUCGGAUGAGAUCGUGCUGUUUAAGUACUGCGUGGGGACGUGCAUGAGCGCCCGUAAGAACUACGACCUUGCCCUGAAGGUGCUGACAGAUAACGGCAGUAUUCCAAGCCGCAAGGUGAGCACUCAACCCUGCUGCAGACCCACACGCUUCGAGACCAUCUCUUUCAUGGACGCCCAGACGAGUUGGCAGACCAUCAAAUGGCUUUCAGCAGCCAACUGCAGCUGUGUGGGAUGA